GUGUGGGCAGGACCCGAAUCUCCCUGAAUUCAACAGGCUUACAGCGGGAAAAUAUGCUUGAGGGGGCAAGACCCAGCCCUUUCUUCUCCUCAGAGCGCCUCCUGAGUCGGAGCUAUAGCAGGCAGCUCCUCUCCGUCGGGACGGGCAGGAGCCUGGCGGCUGCUGAGGCGCUGUGGGCGGGGAGAGGCGACGACGGCCCUGCUUUCCCGCCCCGUUACUUGGCUGGGCUGAGGGGAAACUUCAAACUUCUGAGGCGGCGGCGCUGCUAGCAAGAAGUGGGGAGGGCAAUGGCGGGCGCGGGGGGCGGCGGCGGAGGCAGCAGGACGGGACUUUGCCCCCCGGGCGGCCUCGAGCAGCUAGAGCUGGGUCGGCUGCGGGACCCGUUGGGGGUCGGAGACGGCGGCGGCGGCGGCAGCAGCAGCAGCGGCGGCUCUUCUUGCUCGCCGUCGCCGCCGCUUUCCUCUUGCUCGAGACAGGCCUGGAGCCGGGACAAUCCAGGCUUCGAGCCGGAGGAGGAGGAAGGGGCCAGGGCGGCGGCGGCGGCGGCAGCGGGGCCGGUGCUGCAGAUGGACGUGGAAUGGGGGGGCCGCGGCGGCGGCGAGGCAGCUUCGCCUUCCCUGGGGGCGCCCAGCGGCCGGACCGAAGACGCCGAGAGCGGGAGGCAGCGGCGGAGGCGGCGCCGACGGAGGGGAGAGGAGGAGGAAGACGACGAAGGAGACCGCCGCUGCCCCGCCGGAGGAGGAGGAGGAGGCGGGGGCGACGCGCCGCCCUCGCCUUUCCCUCCCCGGGAGGACGAGGAGCCCGCCGAGCCCCCGCCCUACCGCGUCGCCUGGGCCAAGGGGCUGGCGCGCCGCCUGCGAGGUCUGUGGGGUACAAGACUAAUGGAAGAAACCACAAGCAGGGAGAAAUACCUGAAAAGCGUUUUACGAGAACUAAUCACAUACUUGCUUUUUCUUCUGGUUCUGUGUAUUUUGUCAUAUGGGAUGGUGAGUUCUAGUAUGUACUACUACACAAGGGUGAUGUCACAGCUCUUUCUGGACACACCAGUGUCAAAAAUGGAGAAGACCAACUUUAAAAUGCUGUCCACAAUGGAAGACUUCUGGAAGUUCACUGAGGGCCCUUUGCUAGAUGGACUCUACUGGGAGAUGUGGUACAACAAUAAAACAGUGGCAGAGAAUAGAAGCUUCAUCUACCAUGAGAACCUGCUUCUGGGAGUGCCUCGUAUCCGACAACUGAGAGUGAGGAAUGACUCCUGUUCAAUACCUGAAGAUUUAAAAGAUGAAAUUAAAGAUUGCUACGAUGUUUACUCUGUGGUCAGUGAGGAUACUGCUCCAUUUGGGCUUCGCAAUGGAACUGCUUGGACUUACACCAGUGAAAAAGAUCUGAAUGGGAGCAGCCAUUGGGGGUUGAUUGCAACAUACAGCGGAGCUGGAUAUUACCAGGAUCUCUCCAAGAGCAGAGAGGAGACAUCUAUACUGAUUGCUGGCCUUAAGAACAACCUGUGGCUUGAUAGGGGCACAAGGGCAACAUUUAUUGAUUUUUCAGUAUAUAAUGCAAACAUCAAUCUUUUCUGCAUUGUGAGGUUGUUGGUGGAGUUCCCUCCAACUGGUGGCCUCCUUACAUCUUGGCAAUUUCAACCAGUGAAGCUGAUUCACUACAUUUCCACUUUUGACUUCUUCCUGGCUGUCUGUGAAAUUGUAUUCUGCUUCUUUAUCCUUUAUUAUGUUGUGGAAGAAAUCCUGGAAAUCCAUAUUCACAGACUGUAUUAUUUCAGGAGUCUUUGGAAUUGUCUUGAUAUUCUCAUCAUUGUGCUAUCCAUAGCAGCUAUAGGAAUUAACAUAUAUCGAACAUCUACUGUGGACAGGUUAUUGAAGGAGCUGCUGGAAAAUCAAAACAGCUUCCCAAAUUUUUCACCUUUAGUGUAUUGGCAAACUCAGUUCAACAAUAUUGCAGCUGUCACUAUGUUUUUUGUCUGGAUGAAGCUCUUUAAAUUUAUCAGCUUUAAUCGAACAAUGAGCCAGUUAUCCACCACUAUGUCACGAUGUGCCAAAGAUGUUCUUGGCUUUGCUAUCAUGUUUUUCAUCAUUUUCCUAGCAUAUGCUCAACUUGCUUACCUUGUGUUUGGCACCCAGAUUGAUGAUUUCAGUACUCUCCAGGACAGCGUCUUGACUCAGUUCCGCAUCCUGUUGGGAGAUUUUGACUUUACAGAGGUUGAAGAAGCUAACAGAGUUUUGGGACCAAUUUAUUUCACUACAUUUGUGUUCUUUAUGUUCUUCAUUCUUUUGAACAUGUUUCUGGCUAUCAUCAAUGAUGCAUACUCAGAAGUGAAAUCGGAUAUGUCGCAGCAGAAGGCUGAAAUGGAACUGUCAGAUCUUAUAAAAAAGGGAUACACUAAAGCUAUGGUGAGGUUAAAAUUGAAAAAAACACCAGUUGAUGACAUUUCAGAGAGUCUACGUCAAGGCGGAGGCAAGUUAAACUUUGAUGAACUGCGGCAAGAUCUGAAGGGAAAGGGACACACAGAUGCUGAGAUUGAAGCGAUCUUUACAAAGUAUGACCAAGAUGGGGAUCAGGAGUUGACUGAGCUGGAACAUCAGCAAAUGAGAGAUGACUUGGAGAAAGAAAGGGAGGACUUGGAGCUAGACAGAAGCUCUCUGAACCGUCCAUUGAGUGGCCGCAGCUUCCCACGAAGCCUAGAUGACUCUGAAGAGGAUGAUGACGAUGACAGUGGGCACAGCUCCAGGAGGAGAGGAAGCAGCUCAAGUGGGGUUUCCUAUGAAGAGUUUCAAGUGCUGGUGAGGCGCGUGGACCGCAUGGAGCACUCCAUUGGCAGCAUUGUUUCGAAGAUCGAUGCAGUCAUUGUGAAGCUGGAAGCGAUGGAGAGAACAAAACUGAAAAGGAGAGAUCUGCUAGGGAGGCUGCUUGAUGGGGUUACAGAGGAUGAAAGGUUGGGCCAUGACACUGAAAUCCACAGGGAACAAAUGGAAAGACUCGUUCGAGAAGAACUGGAACGCUGGGAAUCAGAUGAUACGGCAUCCCAAGCGAGCCACCGAUUGGGAACCCCAGUGGGACUCAAUGGCCAAUCCCAGACUCGGAGUUCCCGCCCUUCUUCCUCGCAAUCCACAGAAGGGAUGGAUGGUGGAGGAGGGGGAAAUGGUGGGAACAAUGUCCAUAUCUAGAAGCAGUUCUCUGUUGCCUAAACAAUUUGAGCAUUUCCCACCAUUAGUGAAUUGGCUAAAUGGCAGGAGGAGGUAGAAUCAUUGUACAGAGAAACAGCUUAACUUGUUUUUAUUAUAAAGUAAGCCGGCCUUGUUGCAUUAUGUCCCUGCUGGUCUUUUAAAGGCCAGAUUUUUAAUAAGAAAAUAAACAUUUUGACUUGAAAUGGUACGUGUUUCUCCAUUUACGGAAAAGAAUAGGUAGCUAGUACAAUUAACUGUCAGCCCAUUGACUACGCAACUGUUUUACAUGUGUUCAUACAAAUCGGGCAUAUGAUACAUUGAGAGUUUCUCCCCUGGACUCUGUGCUUCUUCCUUUUUAAAAUAUCAUCAAUCCUCUAGGGGGGAAAUAUUGGUGAUCGCAGAAGCUGCAUUUCUAAAGGUUUCCCCAUUGUCCCAAAUUGGGAAGCUUGCAGAAAUGCAGCUUCCACAAAGGCUGCCUCAAAGCAGUGUCAGAGCUUCCUCUGAAAUCCACAAGAGCCCUGCCAUGGAUCCUUAUGGAGGCAGUAGGCUACACAUCAUGUCCGUCAUUAAUCUAGAAAUUAUUUUGUGUAAAAUAUAUAAAGCACAUUAAAACAAAAAGCAGUGCAAUAAAUAGAGUCAACAAUGUGCUCUGCCAUUAUACCAGACAACUGGGUUUCUGUCCUCUUGCAAUUUAACAAACUUAUUCCCUUUUCCUUUGGGACUGUGGAGUGCAGCUCAGUCCUGUGCCUGUUUACUCAAAAGUAAGUAUCAGUGGCAAGCAUGAGAAAAAUUACUCAGAGUAGUCCCAUUGAAGUCAAAAGGACAAAUUAGUCAUAUAAUCUGCUUCUCAAACAACGAAUUGCUCAGCAAAGUGAGUAGCAGUUCUUCUGAAUAAUGGAACAUAUAAAAAUGAAUGACAGAAGAGAAUGUCCAUUGGAGUGCAUAACGUGCAGCAUGACUUACGCAGCGGUUUUAAAGCACUAUGUCCAAAUGGCCAUUGAAAUGGGGUAUAGCUUGUAUUCUUAAGCACCGAAAGAGAACAGUUUACAGUUCGUUAGCCAAAAAAACAAAAACUGAAGAGAUUGGUUUAGUGGUGUUGCAAGAUUGCAGAGCAGAUCAUUUUAUGUGGGCAUAUCCCCCCCACAACCCCUACAUGUGUGAAUCUUCAAGGGACACUGAAUGACAACUGAAUGCUAAUAGCUGGGGACCAGAUGUGAAGUGCCUUAGCCCAUGCUGGUUCUGAACUGGUCCACGUGGCAGAGGCCAGUGUCAGCAGUGCAGUCCACAUAGUUGCCCACUAGUGGAGCCUGGGAAUAUCCCAGAGCAAAGUGUUGCCCCUUUCCCAUGCGCUCUUUCAGGUGCUCCACUGCUCACAUAGUAGAUGGGAAACUGCCAUUGGGACAUAACAUGCCCUGAUGUUGUUUUAAGGUUGUAUCUUAAUAGCCAGCACUAAUAUUAUUUUGCAUGUACACAAAAACCAAAAUGCUUUGCAUUAAUAAUCAUAUUUGUUUGUAUUUCUGUAACAUGUUGUUACUUCAUAACAAACUUCAUUUUGAAGUGCAAUGAGAUUUCAUGGGAUAUCCAUGCAUAUGACAAUGUACCAUACAAUUAGGGUAUGGCAGCUCAGGUACUUGUGUUUGUAUCCUUUUUAUGUCCCACAGUGCUGUUGUCCUGUUUCUAGGAGAAUGUCUUUUUAGGAAAGAAAAUACAUGUUUUUUGCUGUCAAUAGUUAUUAUUGAUACAGAGUCUUCCAUUGCAAUCAAAGAUGUAUUGAAUUACUAGUGACCACUUCAUCACCCAAUAAAGCUUUUAUACAGUA